GCCCGGUCCCACAACCUGAAGGUGCACGUCGAGUCCGUGCACAAAGGUUUGCGCAAGAACCGCUGCACGGAGCCGGGGUGCACGAAAUCGUUCAGCCGGCAGCACGACCUCGCCCGGCACAUCGUCUCCAAGCACACGGACUUGGGCUCCCCGCGCCGCAAGGACGCCGAUGGCAAGACCGUCGACGUCAAGGCUGCCAACGUCAAGGUCAAGGCCGUCGACAAGGAGUAG